AUGAGCUCACGUUCACGUCAAAACACUAUUGAUAAGACUUCACGUUCCAAUAUAAAUCAUAAUCCUACUUAUACUCCAAUGCCGAGAAAAACUUCGAAAAAAUAUGAUCUUGUUAAUCAUGGUAAAGAUUUGAUUUUUCCUUCACAUAAACCAAUUCCCGAUAGACCAAAUGAUGCAGUGCGACAAGGACAUCAAAAGCAACCAAUCAAAAAGUUAGUUAUUAAAGGUCUAAAAGAUAAACCAAAGUUACCAGCUAAUUAUGAAGAAGAGACAUGGUCAAAGCUUCGGACAGCAGUUCAAGCUAUCUUUAAUUGUCAACGCAUUGGUACUAGCCUUGAAGAACUUUAUAAAGCUUGUGAGAAUCUUUGUUUGCAUAAAAUGGCUUCGUCGCUUUAUAAUAGAUUAGCGGGUGAGAUCGAAGAACAUUUGAAAGAGGAAAAGACCAAGCUUGUGAGUAAUUUAAAUGAGAACGAUACCUUUCUCAUAGUUGUAAAUAAAUGUUGGAUGGCACAUUGUGAACAAAUGGGUCUUAUCCGAAGUAUAUUUUUAUAUCUUGAUCGAACUUAUGUGCUUCAGACAUCUGGAGUCAUUUCAAUAUGGGAUAAGGGACUUGAAAUUUUCAAAAAACAAAUUAUGUCAUCGUCAGCAGGUGAUAUAAAAAAGAAGACUAUAAAUGGUUUAAUUACAUUCAUCAGACGUGAAAGAAACGGAGAUUCCGUCGACCGUAGUCUUUUGCAUUCCCUUAUUCACAUGUUUAUUGACCUUGGCACUUAUUGUCCUAGUUUUGAAAAUCCAUUUUUGUCGGAAACCCGUAGUUAUUAUCAUCAUGAAGGAUUGCGUCUUAUAAAUGAGUACCCCGUUCCAAGAUAUCUAAAACAUGUAAAGAAACGUUUGAAGGAGGAAAGUGAAAGAAUUUCUCAAUAUUUGGAUUGGAAAACGAAAAAUCCACUAACAAAAGUUGUGGAUGAUGAAUUAAUAAAGAGACAUGUCGAUGCUCUUUUGGAUAAAGGUUUCAAUGACAUGAUGGAAGAUCAAAAUUCAGAUGAGCAUAUACAAGAAUUAGGAAGGUUAUACGAUCUUUUAGCUAGAGUCAACGCUCUUGAUCGUCUGCGUCUUUACUUUGGAAGUUAUAUAAAGAAAACUGGUUCUGGAAUAGUUAACAAUAUUGAUCAAGAGUCGACCAUGGUUGAAGAUUUACUUGCACUGAAGAAAAAAAUGGAUAGUAUUGUCGCCAUAUCAUUUGAUAGAAAUUAUAACUUUGCACAUACUGUAAAAGAGAGUUUUGAAGUGUUCAUCAAUCAACGUCAAAAUAAGCCUGCUGAACUUAUUGGUAAAAUCAAGGAUAUUCCCCUUCUUGUUACUAUAUAUUGGCAAGCUUUAACAUGCUUUAACAUGUUAUUUAAUUAUUUACUAGCUAAAUACGUCGAUUUGAAACUAAAACUUGGUAAUAAACGUAUGGAUGAUUCAGAAAUCGAAAAGACGUUGGAUGAAGUGCUGGUUUUGUUCAGAUAUAUUCAAGGGAAGGAUAUAUUCGAAGCUUUUUAUAAGCGUGAUCUUGCUAAACGUCUUUUGCUUAACAAAAGUGCAUCAUUCGACUAUGAGAAGAGCAUGUUGUCCAAAUUGAGAAAAGAAUGUGGACCGGCAUUCACGAGCAAACUAGAGGGCAUGUUUAAAGACAUUGAUCUCUCUCGGGAUUUUAUGACUUCCUUUUACCACUCGAGAAUCUCAGAAAAUCUAAGAACAAAUAUAAAAAUUGAUCUUUAUGUUAAUGUACUGACCCAAGGAUUUUGGCCUACAUAUACGCCAGCGCCUCUCAUCCUGCCACCUGUUAUGGCGGAUUGUCAAGAAGUAUUUAAAGAGUUUUAUCUUAGCAAACAUGGAGGUCGAAAUUUAAAGUGGCAAAAUUCUUUAGGUCAUUGCUUAUUAGCAGCAGAGUUUCAAAAAGAAUUAGUAGUAAGCUUAUUCCAAGCAGUAGUGUUAUUGCAGUUUAAUGACUUGAAACAAAAAGAAAAAAUCUCAUACGAGCAUAUUAAAGAACAAACGGGAAUUGAGAAAAAAGAGCUUGAUCGUACAUUACAAUCACUAGCUUGUGGUAAAGUUCGUGUCCUCAAAAAAUUUCCCAAGGGACGUGAUGUGAACACCACUGAUGAAUUUAUCGUGGACGAAAAUUUUGAUGUCAAAUUAAUCCGUAUUAAAGUCAAUGCUAUUCAAAUGAAAGAAACGUUGGAAGAAAAUCAAGAAACUAAUGAGCGUGUCUUCUUGGAUCGUCAAUACCAAGUGGAUGCCGCAUUAGUCCGAAUAAUGAAAAUGCGAAAGUCACUUAGUCACAAUGAGUUAAUUUCAGAAUUGUUGUCACAAUUGAAGUUUAAAGCACAGGUAUCAGAUAUUAAGAAACGUGUAGAAUCUCUGAUAGAGCGUGAAUAUUUAGAAAGAGAUACUGAGGAUUCAUCAAUACUUAGAUAUUUGGCUUAA